AUGGGUGAUCUGGAAAAAAUAUUUUACGACUUCUGUGAUUCAGUUAAGAAAGGGUCAAGAACUGCAACAGACAAAACCAUUAAAAAAAUAUGUACCGACUGUAAUAUCUAUACGAAAUCAUUUAAUGCAAACGCCGUCGAUAUUGCUUUUUGCAAACAUCUUAAAAGUGCCAAAAAAGACGUUGAUUUCCCUGAUUUUGUAAGAUUUGUCGAAGGAGCAAUGGCGGAAGAGUAUGCAAAACAAAAAAAUUUAUCGACAACUGACGCAUCGAACGAAAUAAAAAACAAAAUAAUCAGUACUUCCGGUCCAAAAUCUCAUGGAGCAACUCAAGCUAGUAAAGACUCGGCGACAUCACGUCUCACUGAUGUAAAAGGAUAUACAGGCUCUCAUAAAGAACGGUUUGAUGCUGAAACUGGUAAAGGUAAAGGAAUCGAGGGGCGAGAGUAUGUCAUGGAUGAAAAAGCGGCUUCCGGUUAUGUUGGAGGCUAUAAAGGGAAGGACACAUAUAACAAAACCCACUGA